AGUAGUAGCUUGCGGUUUUUAUUAUCACUGCAGGUGCUGCGGCUGGUCAUGAUUUUGGGAAAGCAAAGACAACAGCAUGGUUUAAGGACUGCAGGGGGACUUUUGGUACUUUUGUGGACUGAAACAGGAGCUUCUGUCAAAAGUCUAAACUGCACUGUUGCUGCUGCUGGUCCCUGGUGCACAGGGAUUCAAAUGAAAGCACUCCAGCCUGUCCUUACAGAUUUGAAGGAGGGCUUGUUUCCCUGUUCCUGGCCGUGUCCUCUGCCUGACCCCGAGGAGCUGGGGGCCUUCACUGACCUAUAUGGUUCCCUCAGAUUGCUCCUGUCUUUCCAGAUUAAAGAUGUGAGACUUUUCAGUCCAGACUGGUGUGCUCGUAUGGAAGCGUUCCUACACACGUUCAGUUUGGCUAAUGCAAUGGUCAAAAUCCACCUCAGAUUCAAAUUCAGUCAGCAGACCUUCCAGCGAGACUUUAGAGCAGCGAUGAAGAGCAGAGUUGCAUGGGCAAACCAGCCGUCACUGACCUUGGAUGUCACCUCUAGUACAAAGCCUCCAGACUGCGUGAAGAAAGGAUGCUGGUGUAUGGGAGGACACCCUGUCGUUGGAGGCAGGCUGCCUCUCAGUAUCCCACCCGAGGCCAUGGACCAGGGCCUGUUUGGGGAGCUCAGCAUCCAGCCUGUCACACUCCUGAGCCCCUGUGUGCUGCAGUACCCCAAUCUGACAACACAACUCACUCACAUACAAGUGUUGGUAUGCGGCCCCAGUAAUGUUCCUUUCACCAGCUCCUCCAUCUUCUUCCAGAACCUUGCUGCUCAUCUGGACUGUAAGGAACUGGGCCUGCACGCUCUCCGCUGCUGCUCCUCCAAAGAUCUUGUACACAGCGGGAGCACUGUGUACACAGUAGAGCAAGAAAACAGAGAGGAUCCAGGGCAAGAAUCAAGUGUUCGCCCAACACAGCAGAGACUCCUGCUUUUCCUCUUCCUGCAGCACAGUGACCCUUUCACCCAACAGCUCUCUGAUAUGAUGGCCACAGAAGCGCUGAUAGAGCGACAUCUGGAGGAUAUUCUGAGCAACAACAAGCAGGCGGUCACAGCAGCCCUGCAGACAGAACUGAAGGACACACUGAAAGCCCAAAACCACAGAAAAAAGGAACAAGAGAAGCUGCGUUCAGCUGCUGAGGUGAUUCUCAGUUCGACCAUCAGUAUUGUGAGCUGUAGCAGCAACAUGGACUUCAGAAACGCCUGUCUGAACACAAUGAAGGUGCGUGACACUCAUGACUUGUCCGCCUCCCUCUGUGAAUCACUGAGGAGGGUGACAUCAUGGAAAUUCACUCCCAGGGGCAGGUGUUAUUCAGCCAAGGUGGAAGAACAUCCUGAGAGUGAUGAUGAUCCCGCAAGAACAGAAAUCUGAGCGUGUCUGUGUUUGUAUGGAAAUAGUUUUGUUCUGGUAGAAAGCUGUGGAAGCAGAAUAUCUUUAUAGUUUAAAGCGGGGCA